AGGAAGGGCAGCUUGACCUUGGAAGAGUGGGGCAGGGGUCCUGCCGCGGGUCCUUCCGGGGGUGACAUUCAGCGGGCCGUUCGGGGAGACGGACCUUCCACCUUAGACCAUGGCGAAGUUCGUCCGUAACUUCGUAGAGAAGGCUCCGGCGCUGGCAACCGCUGCCGUGACUUACUCGAAGCCUCGAUUGGCCACAUUUUGGCAGUACGCCAAGGUUGAGCUGGUUCCCCCAACCCCUGCUGAAAUCCCUACAGCUAUUCAGAGCAUAAAAAAAAUAAUUGAAAGUGCUAAAACUGGUAGCUUCAAACAGCUUACAGUUAAGGAAGCUGUUUUGAAUGGCUUGGUGGCCACUGAGGUGUGGAUGUGGUUUUAUGUCGGAGAGAUCAUAGGCAAACGUGGUAUUGUCGGCUAUGAUGUUUGAAGACCAAUUUUUAAUAUCUGAUUUUGAGCUCUUACUUGGGUAUUCUUGGACCAUGUGUAAUGAGACUGCUAUCCAAAUAAAGUACUAGCUGUGAA